UUAGUUAAGGAUUUGUGAUGCCUAACGUUACGUUAGAAAAAACUUUCUGUAUAUACAAUAUAUAAUACAAAUACCCAUACUGCGAAAUAGUUUUUCAAAUGAACGAAAAAAAAAAAAAAAUAUAUAAUUAAAGUCGGUUAUUGUCGGUUUGUAGUUCGUUCGCAGUAAUAGGUAUCUUCGCGUUUGAAUAACACCGAUACGAUAUUUAAUUUAUUUUAUCUGUUCAUUUGCUCAUUUAUCAGAGAAUUAUAAUUAAAUAUAUCACGCAAUUGGAUACGGCAUCUACAUAAUUUAAGAUCCCAGUUUAUCGACGAAUAUAGUUAAUAUUAUUUUUAAUAUUGUUAAAUAAUUCUGUUUAAUUUUAUUAUCGGGCAUCAUGUGUACUUCAAUAAAGAAGAAAAACACAAACAAUACGUUAUUUGAAAAAGCGAAAAAAUUAUUUCUGGAUUUGUUAAAAUGUGUUGUUAUUCAACUACAUUGUAUAUUUGAUUGUAUGGUGGAUUUUAUAUUUGGGUUAUAUUAUGACCAAAAAGCAAAGAAAGUAUCUGCUGUGACAAAUCCUUUAUUGUUGGACAGUGCCACAACAUUAGCAGAAAAGAUACGAACAAAACAAAUUAAAGCUGAAAAAGUUGUAGAAAGUUUUAUCGAAAGAUGCAAAGAAGUUAAUGGAUUGAUCAAUGCAAUUGUAGAAGAAAGAUAUGCAGAAGCGAUAAAAGAAGCAAAAGCAGUUGAUGUUGAAUUACAGGAUUAUGAUGAUACUUCAUUCUUAAAAGAAACAAGACCAUUUUUAGGUGUUCCAUUUACAACUAAAGAGAGCAAUGAAGCAGAAGGUUUAUUUCAUACUAUGGGUAUGUUAAGUCGUCGAAAUUACCGUUCAACAUCAGAUGCAACAGUGGUUGCCUAUUUGAAGAAAGCUGGUGGAAUACUUAUUGCAAAAACGAAUAUUCCUGAACUUAAUUUGUGGGUUGAAUCAAGAAAUAAUCUAUAUGGUCAAACAUGUAAUCCUUACAAUACAACAAGAACUGUUGGUGGAAGUAGCGGUGGUGAAGGUGCUAUUAUUGCUGCAUGUGGUUCUGCAUUUUCUAUUGGUAGUGAUAUUGGUGGAUCUACUAGAAUGCCAGCUUUUUAUAAUGGAGUUUUUGGAAUGAAACCUAGUGAAGGAAUGACAUCUUUAAAAGGUAUUGGAUUAAGAGAUAAAUAUUAUCCAGAGUCUAUGGCAGAGGCAGGUCCGAUCUGUAAAAAAGCUGAAGAUUUGGCACCAUUUUUAAAAGUUUUGGUUGGUGACAAAAUAUCUAAAUUAAAAUUAGAUGAACCUGUCAAUUUAAAAAAUUUGAAGAUAUUUUAUCAACCAGAAUCUGGUGACCUUAGAGCAAGUAAAGUGAAUCACGCAAUGCGUGCCGCAUUAAGAAAGGCAGUGGACCAUUUUGAAGAAAUAACUAAAUCUGCAACUAAGAUCAAGAUACCUGGAUCAGAAUACAGUUUUAGAUUAUGGAGAUAUUGGAUGAGUCAAGAAAACGCAGAUUUUAAAGCAGACAUAACAAAUAGAGAGUCUCGUACAAAUGCAGUUUCUGAAAUUCGAAAAUUUAUGUCAGGAACAUCCGAUAUAACAUUUGCCGCAUUAUUAAAGUUAAUAGAUGAAGAUUUGUUACCAAAAGAAAAUUCUGAAUGGGCUAGAAGUGUUACUAAUAAUAUGAAAAAAUAUUUAUUGGAAAUUUUAGAUGAUAAUGGUGUCUUAUUUUACCCUUCUGCUCCAUUUCCUGCUAUUUAUCAUUACUCUUCAUUUCUUAGACCAUAUAAUUUUGGUUAUUGGUGUCUAUUCAAUGUCCUUAAAUUUCCUGUAUGUCAGGUUCCCCUUGGAUUAGAUUAUGACGGAUUGCCCGUAGGUAUUCAGGUUAUUGCAGCUCCAUAUAACGAUCAUCUAUGUAUUGCUGUAGCAAAAGAACUCGAACGUGCAUUUGGUGGUUGGGUACCACCCUCCAUUUAAUUUUCUUGCAUAAAUAUAAAAGUAAAUUUUUAAGCAAUCAAUUUAAUAAUUACUUUUUUUAGGCGUUUUGUCUUCCAAGGGUUAUAUUUUCAUUAGAUAUUAAACAUCUGUUUUAAUUUCCUCUGUAGAUUAUCAGAUUUUAUGGAUAUGGAGAAAAGUAAUUUAUUAAUUUGUGUUUUUUAAUUUUUAUUUAAAUUUUAUACUGUAAUAUAUACAAUGUUGUUAUAAUAUUUUCUUUUUUGUAUCGUAUUAACGUUAUAAUAUGUUGUUAUAAAAUGUGGAUUAUUAUUAAUAAUAAUAAAUCUAAUGGUAUUCGCACA